AUGGAGAUUUCUCUACAUGCUUUGACUGGUAUUAUCUCUGAUGAUACAAUUAGAAUACCAAGGUCAAUUAAUAAGAAAAAUAUUUCCAUCCUUAUUGAUACUGGGAGUACUAAUAGUUUCAUAGACAGUGCUCUUGCCAAAGAGCUCAAAUGCCCAGUUGAACAAACUGCUAGUUUAUUAGUUACUGUGGAAAAUUGUGAUAAAACUAUCAGCUCAGGUAUCUGCUCUCAACUAAAUUGGUCAAUGCAAAGGCACAAGUUUUGUGGUGAUUUGAGGCUACUUCCUUUGGGGGGCCGUGACAUUGUCUUAGGGGCUGACUGGUUGAGAAACUUGGGAGAUGUACUUUUCAACUUGUCUAAACUUUGCAUUACUUUUAAGUAUAAGGGUAAAAAGAUUACUCUCACUGGAGUACAACACAAACCUUCACUCAGCAUGAUGAGUGGCUCAGCAGUGAAGAAAUUUUUCCAAAAGCACACUCAUGGAUUAGUGGAUGAAUUAUAUGGUUCCAAGUUCUUCACCAAGAUUGAUUUGAAAUCUGGAUACUACCAAAUCAGAGUACACCCAUCUGAUAUUCAUAAAACAGCUUUCAGAACCCAUCAUGGGCACUUUGAAUUUCAGCCCUACCCUAGAAAGUCACUUUCUUCACUUACAAACCACAUUAGAUAUUCUAAGAAACAACAACUUAUCUGCCAAUUUUUCCAAAUGUUCAUUUGGCCAACAAAACAUAGAGUACAUGGGCCAUAUUAUUACAGCAAUGCGGUUAAGGAUGACCCUGCUAAAAUUUCAGCUAUGUUGGAUUGCAUGCCAUUGACUGAGUUAUUGAAGAAGGAUGCAUUCCUUUGGUCACGUGUUGCCACCACUGCAUUAAAUGCUCUCAAAAUGGCCAUGACAACAACUCAUGAGAAUAGAGCCAUUGCAUUCUACAAAAAACCUUUGGGACCAAGAGUUGUUGCUUUGUCUACCUAUGAGAAGGAACUUUUGGCAAUUGUGCAAGCUGUCACCAGAUGGAAACAAUACUUACAAGGUCAAAAGUUUAUUAUAAAAACUGAUCAUCAGAGUAUACAUUACUUCUUGGAGCAGAAGAUUUCUAUUGUUUUACAACAAAAGUGUCUCAUGAAGCUUCUUGGUUUUGAUUAUGCAAUCCACUACAAGAAAGGCUUAGACAACAAAGUUGCAGAUGCAUCGUCUAGAAGACCUCAUGAAUCUGCACACUGUAACUCCAUUACUUCUUCACAACCUACAUGGGUUCAAUAA